CUCCACCUUACAAUCUCACCCGCACAAGGCCACAACCUCCCAAACAAAACCAACCCCGUCUCUCUCUAGAACCCUCUUCUCUCUCUCCUUAAACCCCAUCCUCCCCAAUCAGGGUUUCUCUGCACGCUUCACUCUCUCUCUCUCUCUCUCCUCACCCAACAAAAAUCUCCUCGAAAAAACCUUCACAAUUCCAAUCAAUGGUGCCUGCUCUAAGCAGAAGCCUGGCCUCCGCUUCCGUCGCUUCUCUCCCCUCGUUUUCAUCGACCAACGCGGUGAACAGAGUCUUCGCCUCCAGGCGGAGCGCGUUUAUCCCUCAAAACGGUCUAAGAAACAGCUUCUCUAAAUCCGGUCUGAAGUGGAAGGUUGAGAGGAGAGAGACGGGGCUGGCGGUCCGUUGUGAGGCCGCCGGCGGGGCCGCCGUUGCGGAGAAAGAAGUCCCCGAGGCCUCCGGCGAGCGCCACGAGUACCAAGCCGAGGUCAGCCGCCUACUGGAUUUGAUAGUUCAUAGCUUAUACAGUCACAAAGAGGUGUUUCUUCGAGAGCUUGUUAGUAAUGCGAGUGAUGCUCUCGAUAAGUUGAGAUUUUCAAGUGUGACCGACCCUUCUUUACUUGGCGAUGCUGGGGAACUAGAGAUUCGCAUCAAACCUGACCCAGACAAUGGGACCAUCACUAUAACGGAUACUGGUAUAGGAAUGACAAAAGAGGAGCUCAUAAACUGUCUUGGAACUAUUGCUCAGAGUGGUACUUCAAAAUUCCUCAAGGCCCUCAAGGAAAAUAAAGAUCUGGGAGCAGACAACGGUUUAAUAGGUCAAUUUGGUGUAGGGUUCUAUUCAGCAUUUUUGGUUGCAGAAAAGGUGGAAGUUUCUACUAAGAGUCCACUUUCAGAUAAGCAAUAUGUCUGGGAGUCCGUAGCUGACAGUAGCUCGUACAUGAUUAGGGAGGAAACUGAUCCUGAAAAGCUGCUUCCCCGUGGAACUCAAAUCACACUCUAUUUAAGGCCCGAUGACAAAUAUGAAUUCUCUGAGCCAACCAGGAUUCAAAAUUUGGUGAAGAAUUACUCACAAUUCAUUUCGUUCCCUAUCUAUACAUGGCAAGAGAAAUCGAGAACUAUUGAGGUGGAAGAAGAGGAAGAACCAAAAGAGGGGGAAGAAACCAAACCAGAGGCCGAUAAGAAAAAGGCCAAGAAAACUAAAACUGAGAAGUAUUGGGACUGGGAGUUGACCAACGAGACAAAACCUAUAUGGAUGCGGAAUUCAAAGGAAGUUCAAAAGGAGGAGUACAAUGAGUUCUACAAGAAGACCUUUAAUGAAUUUUUGGAUCCGCUUGGAUACACUCACUUCACCACUGAGGGUGAGGUGGAGUUUAGAAGUGUCCUCUAUCUUCCUGGCAUGGCACCUCUCAAUAAUGAAGACAUUACAAAUCCGAAGACAAAGAACAUACGUUUGUAUGUGAAACGAGUAUUUAUUUCUGAUGAUUUUGAUGGUGAACUGUUUCCACGCUACUUGGGCUUUGUGAAGGGUGUGGUGGAUUCAAAUGACCUUCCCCUUAAUGUGUCCCGAGAAAUCCUUCAAGAAAGUCGAAUUGUGAGAAUAAUGAGAAAGAGGCUUGUCCGGAAAACUUUUGACAUGAUUCAAGAUAUCGCUGAAAGUGAAAAUAAAGAGGAUUACAAAAAAUUCUGGGAGAACUUUGGAAAGUUUAUUAAGUUAGGUUGCAUUGAGGAUUCUGGUAACCACAAGCGCAUCACUCCACUUUUGCGAUUCUUCUCUUCCAAAAGCGAGGAGGACUUGAUAAGCUUGGAUGAUUACGUUGAAAAUAUGGGUGAAAACCAGAAAGCUAUCUAUUACUUGGCAACUGACAGUGUGCAAAGUGCCAAGACUGCUCCAUUCUUGGAGAAGCUGGUUCAAAAAGAUAUUGAGGUCUUAUAUCUUGUUGAGCCUAUUGACGAAGUUGCCAUCCAGAAUCUACAAACCUAUAAAGAGAAGAAAUUUGUUGACAUCAGCAAGGAAGAUUUGGAUCUUGGUGACGAGGAUGAGGUCAAAGAGAAUGAAACUAAGCAAGAGUACAAUCUUCUUUGUGAUUGGGUAAAACAGCAACUUGGCGAUAAGGUUGCCAAGGUCCAAGUCUCAAAACGUCUGAGCACAUCCCCAUGUGUGCUUGUUUCUGGCAAGUUUGGAUGGUCUGCUAAUAUGGAAAGGUUGAUGAAAGCACAAACUCUUGGGGACACAGCAAGCUUGGAGUUCAUGAGAGGAAGGAGAAUAUUGGAGAUUAAUCCUGAUCAUCCCAUCAUCAAAGACUUGAACGCUGCAUGCAAAAAUGCACCCGAGAGUACCGAGGCCAAGAGAACUGUAGACCUCCUGUACGACACAGCACUGAUCUCCAGCGGAUUCUCUCCGGAUAAUCCAGCUGAUUUGGGUAACAAGAUAUAUGACAUGAUGGCAAUGGCUGUUGGUGGAAGGUGGGGCCGGCUGGAGAGCGAAGAGGCUGAGCCCGUAGUAGACAGUAGCGCUUCAGAAUCAGAUGGGAGUCCUGAUGGUGCCUCAGAGACGGAAGUGAUUGAGCCCUCAGAAGUGAGAGCAGAGAACGACCCGUGGAAGGACUGAGCAUUUUUUCAAUUAACUUCUAGUAUUUUCAGUUUUGUUGGGGCAAUUUUUGUGACAUAGGUCAAGGAAAUGCAGGCGAGGAGAGGGAAAACGUUUUACGGAAGGCAAAAAUAUUACUCCAUUUGGACAUUCUUAUUUCUUUCUGAGAUUAUCCUGUUAUUGUUGUUGGACCUAUUGUUGUUAAGGACAUCAUAGAACUCACAGCAUGGAAGUAAAUUGGGUUGGAAGUUCUCCCUUUAUAAA